GUGUGGCCUCCUUUCAAGCUCUAUAAAGCAGAAGCCCAGGGCUUCACUUCUAGUGCAAGAGGAUCAGAGGAGAGUCUCUCGUUAGUUCUUUGGAAGAAGGUGGAUAAAAAAAAACUUCUUUAAAAAUGGCAAUGGUAUCAGAAUUCCUCAAGCAGGCCUGGUUUAUUGACAAUGAAGAGCAGGAAUACAUUAAAACUGUGAAAGGCUCCAAAGGUGGCCCCGGGUCAGCAGUGAGCCCCUAUCCCAGCUUCAACCCAUCCUCAGAUGUUGCUGCCUUGCAUAAAGCAAUAACAGUUAAAGGUGUGGAUGAAGCAACCAUCAUUGACAUUCUCACUAAGAGAAACAAUGCACAGCGUCAACAGAUCAAAGCGGCUUAUCUCCAGGAAAAAGGAAAGCCCCUGGAUGAAGCUCUGAAGAAAGCCCUUACAGGUCACCUUGAGGAAGUUGUUUUGGCUCUCUUAAAAACUCCAGCCCAAUUAGAUGCUGAUGAACUCCGUGGGGCCAUGAAGGGCCUUGGAACUGAUGAAGACACUCUGAAUGAAAUUUUGGCAUCAAGAACUAACAGAGAAAUCAGAGAAAUUAACAGAGUCUACAGAGAAGAAUUGAAGAGAGACCUGGCUAAAGACAUCGCCUCAGACACAUCUGGCGAUUACCAGAAGGCUUUGCUUUCUCUUGUUAAGGUAUAAGUCAGAGGGGUCAGGGAAUAACUCUUCUUUCAUGAAGAUCAACAGAUAGUCAAGUGUUUAUUUUUUGUUUCUUGACAGGCAUUAUAUGAAGCAGGAGAAAAGAGAAAAGGGACAGAUGUGAAUGUGUUCAAUACCAUUCUUACCACCAGAAGCUAUCCCCAUCUUCGCAGAGUGUUUCAGAAGUACACCAAGUACAGUCAGCAUGACAUGAACAAAGUUCUGGAUCUGGAGCUGAAAGGUGACAUCGAGAAAUGCCUCACAACAAUUGUGAAGUGUGCCACAAACAAGCCAAUGUUCUUUGCUGAGAAGCUUCAUCAGGCCAUGAAGGGUGCUGGAACACGUCAUAAGGCAUUGAUCAGAAUUAUGGUUUCCCGUUCUGAAAUUGACAUGAAUGAUAUCAAAGCAUGCUACCAGAAGCUGUAUGGUGUCUCUCUCUGCCAAGCCAUCCUGGAUGAAACCAAAGGAGAUUAUGAGAAAAUCCUAGUGGCUCUCUGUGGAGGACAGUAAACAUUCCUGUGAUGAUGUCAAGUUUUUUGAUCAGGAGAUUUUGUAUUCAUGUCUUUUCAUUCCAUAUUAUAGAUUUAAAUAGGAAAGUUUCUUCAGUAGGAUUAGUCUAGCUUAACUGCCUUCUGAAAACUAUAGCCUAUAAAUCAUUUUUGUAUCACAAAUCUGUAUAGUAGAAAUGUUUUUAAAAAAUAUAUUUACCCCAACUAUAAAACCCCAUAAACAGCUUGUUCUAGUAACAUUACCUGAGAAAGGUGUCUAUGUAACAGAAAAUAAAAUGAUUUUACAUGACAA